AUGUCCUCAUCAAAAAACCCACCCACCAUCCGCCCGUCAGGCCCGACCGGCCUGACCCGUGGCUACCUCUUCACCUACAACACAGCCAACCUUCUCGCCUGGGGCGCAUGUCUCGUCUACACAGCCAGCCUCGUGCCCGAGGCCCUCGCGACCAAGUCCAUCCCCUCAAUCUUCCACGCGACUUUCAAUCCUCUCCUCCUGGCGACGCAAUCGCUCGCCCUGCUCGAAGUGCUGCACAGUCUAGUUGGGAUUGUCCGCGCGCCCUUCGUCACGACCGCCAUGCAGGUCGCAUCGCGACUGCUGGUUGUAUGGGGGAUUCUGGCGCAAUUCGGCGGAGAUAUCGUGGGCGCGAAGAGCGAGCAGUUGGGCGAUUAUGCGUAUCUUGGAUGUGUUGCUGCGUGGGGGAUUACCGAGGUGAUUCGGUAUGGGUUCUUCGCGAUUACGCUCUCGGGUGGGAGUGUGCCUGCUUGGUGGACGUGGCUGCGAUACAACACCUUCUAUGUGCUCUAUCCGAUCGGAAUCACCAGCGAGUGCACGCUUAUUUUCAAGGCGCUCGGUCCCGCUGGCGCGGUCGAUCCGCUAUUCCAGUACUUUUUGAUCGCUGUGCUUGUGAUCUAUGUGCCAGGCUCUUAUAUUCUGUACACGCACAUGAUCUCGCAGCGUCGCAAGGUCCUGCGUGGCAAGAAGCGUGCGGAUUAG